AUGUUCUCAAUGAACACAGGUACUGAAACCACGGGCUCUAUUGUGAACACAGGUACUGAAACCACGGGCUCUAUUGUGAACACAGGUACUGAAACCAUGGGCUCUAUUGUGAACACAGGUACUGAAACCAUGGGCUCUAUUGUGAACACAGGUACUGAAACCACGGGCUCUAUUGUGAACACAGGUACUGAAACCAUGGGCUCUAUUGUGAACACAGGUACUGAAACCACGGGCUCUAUUGUGAACACAGGUACUGAAACCACGGGCUCUAUAAUGAACACAGGUACUGAAACCAUGGGCUCUAUAACGAACACAGGUACUGAAACCACGGGCUCUAUAACGAACACAGGUACUGAAACCAUGGGCUCUAUAAUGAACACAGGUACUGAAACCACGGGCUCUAUUGUGAACACAGGUACUGAAACCAUGGGCUCUAUAACGAACACAGGUACUGAAACCAUGGGCUCUAUAACGAACACAGGUACUGAAACCACGGGCUCUAUAAUGAACACAGGUACUGAAACCAUGGGCUCUAUAACGAACACAGGUACUGAAACCAUGGGCUCUAUAACGAACACAGGUACUGAAACCACGGGCUCUAUAAUGAACACAGGUACUGAAACCAUGGGCUCUAUAACGAACACAGGUACUGAAACCAUGGGCUCUAUAAUGAACACAGGUACUGAAACCACGGGCUCUAUUGUGAACACAGGUACUGAAACCACGGGCUCUAUUGUGAACACAGGUACUGAAACCAUGGGCUCUAUUGUGAACACAGGUACUGAAACCAUGGGCUCUAUUGUGAACACAGGUACUGAAACCAUGGGCUCUAUAAUGAACACAGGUACUGAAACCAUGGGCUCUAUAACGAACACAGGUACUGAAACCACGGGCUCUAUAACGAACACAGGCUGA